GAGAUGCGAGCGCGGCCGUUUUAUAUAUAGUGGCGGUCUUGCCCACAGAGACGCCCCUCGUAUCGGGUCCUCCGCUACCAGGAUCUGGGACUCCGCCUCCGCCUGUGUCGCCUCCCCUCGCCGGCACGUACCAUGCUUCGCCUCAUCGCCAGAAGGAAUGGUGGUGGUUUUGGUGAUGGGGGCAGGAGGGUGGUGACAGGAAGAGCCGGUGGCUACCGAGAGAGGCGGGUCGGAUUCUCGUCGACGGCGCCGUCGUGGCGGGGGAGGCUGGAUGGAAAGAUUGCUCUGAUAACUGGUGGAGCAAGUGGGCUGGGAAAGGCCACAGCCCAUGAAUUCAUUAAAGAGGGAGCCACUGUCAUCCUGGCCGACGUAGACUCGCAAUUGGGGCCCCAAGCAGCUGAAGAGCUCGGCCCACAAGCCCAAUUUGUCCCAUGCGAUGUGAGUGUCGAGCAACUGGUGGCUGAUGCGGUAGACUUCACUGUGACCAGCCAUGGCCGGCUCGACAUCAUGUACAACAAUGCCGGCAUUGUCGGGUCGAUAGAGAGGUCUGAUAUUUCCGAGCUAGACCUAGACCACUUCGACAGGGUCAUGAAUGUUAAUGUGCGUGGAACCCUAGCCGGAAUCAAGCAUGCUACCCGGGUCAUGGGCCCUCUUGGGUCAGGCUCAAUCAUUUGCACUGCAAGCAUAAGUGGUCUCAUGGGGGGCCUCGGCACACACCCAUAUAGUAUCUCUAAGUUGUCGGUGGCCGGAAUUGUGAAGUUGGCAGCCGGCGAAUUGUGUCGCAAGGGAAUCCGGUUGAACUGCAUCUCACCCUUUGCAAUUCCUACACCACUAGUGAUGCAUCAAUUCUCACAGAUCUAUAAAGGAGUAGAAAGGGAAAGGAUCAUAGAGAUAAUUGAUAGUUUAGGGCAGCUUAAGGGAGCUAAAUGCCAGGAGAUCGACAUCGCAAAGGCGGCCGUCUAUCUAGCAUCAGAUGAUGCCAAGUAUGUUUCAGGCCACAAUCUGGUGGUUGAUGGAGGGUUCACCACCUUCAAGCACCUUACCUUACCCAUCCCUGAUGAAGUGGUUUAAUGUAAUUUGUUUGAGAUUAGGCCAUGUGGGUGACAAAUGCAUCUCUUUGUACGAUAAAAAUCUGAGAGAUUAGCUUGUUGCAGCUUGUGUUUGGUUGUUCCAAUUCCAGAAGAAUGACUAGAGACCAUGAUGUCUCAUAUCAAAACAUAAAAGUCUUCU